AUUCUUUUUUUUUAAAUUGCUUCAAAGUUUGCAAUUAUUUAUUAUUUUAUAUAAAAUUAUGUAUUUAAUUUCUAGGUCUUUAAAUAAACGUGCAAUUUUCGGAGUUAGUUCUUCGAUUCAGCAAAUCUACAAGACGCCAUUUCCAUAUCCAAGCAAAAAGGAAGAAAAUAUAAUGUGGAACAAUAAUCAUCAGAAUAACAACAGAGGAGGUCCUUCUCCUUGGAUUAAUAAUGGCAAUAAUAACAACAAUAGCAUGUAUGACAAUUUUUCGAUUGGAAACUUGCCAUUCUUUUCAAAUAACUUGAAUACAAAUCCUCCUCCACCACCUCCAUUGGUGGUAAAUUGUGGUGAACUCCGUCCCGUUCACGAAGGCAAAUAUGUUGAAAUGACUGGCAAGUUUAUUAAAAAACGUAUUGGACGAUUUGGUGAAUUAAGAGAUAGAAAUGGAGCAACACAAUUGGUCAUAUCUGAUGAUAGGAAUCCUCGAAUUUCUCGCCGAUUCCAAAACAUGCCAUCUGAAUGUAUUCUGACAAUUGUUGGAACAGUUCUAACUAGACCAUUUGGCUCUCGAAAUGUAACAAUGCCUACUGGAGAAAUUGAAGUUGAAGUCGAAGAUGUAUUGAAUUUAGCACGAGUGCCUGGUCGUCGCGGAGCAGAAAAACGAUCCUACAGUACAAUGUCAGAUAACAAAAAAUCUAUUACAAGCACGGAAUAUAAAAUGGCAGGAAAAACUGAAAAUAUUUUAAAACAUUUUGAAAAUCGUGAAUACACUUGCAAUGAUUUGCGUAAAAAUCAUGUGGGACAAAAUGUCACAUUGGUUGGUUGGGUUUCAAAUACAACCAAGACAAAAUUUCAACAUUUAAAAGAUGGUUAUGGACAGACUCAAAUUAUUAUUGAAGAAAAAGAAUUACUUGAUACUUUUUCUUCAGCUACACCUACCUGUAUUGUACAAGUUAAGGGAAAAGUUUUGGCUAGACCUGCAACUAAUAUUAACAUGAAAUUUGAGACCGGCGACAUUGAAAUAAAAGUAGAAUCGGUAAAAAUUCUCAACGCUGAUGAACCAUACGAUGGACCAGUUAAAGAGAAAGUACAAAAAAUACCAAUUGGAAAAGUUAAAGAUACCGACGACGGCUCCACGGACACAUCUGCACCAGUUUCCGGAAUAGCCGACACAAACAAAUUUACAAUACGAACUCAUAAUUGUGGUGAAUUGAGUGGUGCAAAUGUUGCAGAAAAAGUCAAUAUUGCUGGUUGGCUGGAGUUUCAGCGUAUGGGCAAAUUUCUUGUGUUACGCGAUGGCUAUGGCCAAACACAAGUUUUACUCUCGGAUAAAUGUAAUAUUACAGAAAAAUAUCCUGAUGGCAUUCCAUUGGAAUCAAUUGUUCGUGUUGAAGGAACUGUAAUUCCAAGACCUUCGAAUAUGCUUAAUCUGGCUAUGAAAACCGGUGAAAUUGAGAUCGAAGCAACUGAUAUUGAAGUACUGAAUCCAUCUAAGAAGAAUUUGCCUUUUGAAGUAAGAGGACAUCAGAGAGCGAAUGAAACACUACGUAUGACGCAUCGGUAUCUUGAUUUAAGAUUUUCAGAUAUGCAAAAGAACUUACGCCUUCGAUCAUCAAUUCUCAUGAAAAUGCGUGAAUUUCUUAUCAACUAUUUAGGUUUCGUUGAAGUCGAAACACCAACGUUGUUUCGCAGAACGCCUGGAGGAGCUCAGGAAUUUGUUGUUCCCACGCGAAAGCCAGGGCAUUUUUAUUCGUUGGUACAAAGCCCACAACAGUUCAAACAGAUGCUUAUGGCUGGAGCCAUAGAUCGAUACUUCCAAGUAGCACGUUGCUAUCGUGAUGAAGCGACGCGACAAGAUCGUCAACCGGAAUUCACUCAAUUGGACAUAGAAAUGUCAUUUACAACACAAAAAGACGUAAUGUCAAUGAUUGAAGAGACUUUAAAGUUUUGCUGGCCCAAAGAACGUGGAACUAUUGAAACACCGUUUGAAAUAAUUUCUUACGAUGAAGCUAUGUCUAAGUAUGGUUGCGAUCAGCCCGAUGCUCGUUUUGAACUUUUGUUAAAUGACAUAACAGAAAUUGUUAAAGAUUCUGAAACAAUUCAAAACAAAUUUAAAGAUCUCGGUGUUUGUUUAAUUCAUGUUGACAAAUCUAUAUCAUUACUUGAUGCUCCAACCAGAAAACAUUUAGAACAAAUUGGCAAUGAUUUUGAUGGUACAUUCUAUUUCCGAAAAUUUAAUAGUAGAAAAGAUGCUAAAGAUAGACUGACUAAAUAUUUGGGAGCAGAUGGAGCGAAGAACACAGUCGAAAAGUGCAAUAUACAUGCAGACGAUCUGGUUUUCCUAGCGAUCGGCGAAAAAGUUAAUACACGAACUUUAAUGGGCCGCCUUCGUCUGGAUUAUGCUGACUUGUUAGAAGAAAAUGAACUUUUGCCUCGACGUAAAAAAAUGAACAAAUUCCUUUGGGUAGUAGAUUUCCCAAUGUUUUUCAAAACCGAAGAUGGCGGUUACGAGAGUGCCCAUCAUCCAUUCACAGCUCCACAGGAUGAAUAUCUUGAACAGCUGAAGAAUAAAGAAAAUUUGGAAAACAUUAAAUCACAAGCCUACGAUUUAGUACUUAAUGGAAAUGAAGUAGGUGGCGGUUCAAUUCGUAUUCAUAACAAAGACUUGCAGAAAUUUGUUUUAGAAGAAAUUUUGAAAAUUCCACAUGAACAUCUCAAUCAUUUGCUUAGUGCACUUGAAAGUGGAUGUCCACCUCAUGGAGGUAUUGCAUUGGGUAUCGACAGACUGAUGGCAUUUAUUUGCCAAGCUAGAUCAAUUCGUGAUGUGAUUGCUUUCCCCAAAUCUCUAAACGGAAGAGAUCCCCUCUCGAAAGCACCUGUUCCAAUUUCUGAUGAAGAAAAGAAAUUAUAUCAUUUAGUUAUUGAUGGUGAUGUGGACAAAGAUGAAGAACCUGAACAAAUGGAAAUUGAAGAUGUAGAAAAACAUAGUGAAAGUGUUAAGGCAGAUAAAAAAGAAGAAGUCAUAGUUAGUGAUAAUAACGAGGAAGAAGUUGAAGAAUCAAAGAAAAUUGUUGAAAAGAAGCAAAAAGUUGAACCAAUUAAAAAAACCCUCAGAAAAGGCAUUUUAAAAUAAUAAAACAACAAUAUGCAUUUUUUUAUUGUUUAAUUUAUAUAUUAAAAAAAAAAACAACACAAAACAUUAUAAUAUCCUAGAUUCAAUAGAAAUUGUAUUUUAAAAUUUAUUGUCAUGUGUGUGUUCUGUUUGACAUUUUUAUUUUACAUUAUCAUUACAUGCAUCUAUGUAAUGAUUUAUUGAAAUGUAUUUGUAAUAAAACGCAUAUAAUUGUUUACAUCUCA